CAAACCUCAAGUCUUUAAUAUUAAAAAGCAUAAGGACGUAAUUAAAUUACCAUGACACUCACUCGGUCAAACAGCAGCACAGAGGCUGCUGCAGGGCGACAGCAGCAGCACCGGGGCAUGGGUAGGGUUGCGAGCCCUUGAGUGUAAUUCCGUGUGGGAGGAGGAUGGGUGUGUUCGAGUGUAAUCUUUCCUUUUCUCUUCACGCGCUCUGCUGUGCACACAGACUGAAGACAAAGCGCAGAGAGGAGUCCACCUCUCCUCUUCAUGUGAUGUGCAGCCAGUCGGUUAGGAUGCAACAGUAAUCUCAGAUACUGUCCACGUAUUUUUUUUUUUUAAUUUUUUUUUUUUAAGAUUUCACUUACGUUGCAUGGACAGUUAACCAAGUGCGUCAAGUGCUUUUUCCGCGGCUGUCCACUCACUUAGUGCUCCCCCUCCCUUCUCUCCAGCUUCAACAUUUGUGAAGUGGCUGCCUCACCCGCUCGGACCGGAGGCCGUCCGGUCUCUGAUCUGGUUUCUGGAGUCACCGGAGACUCGACGCGCUCAGUCAGGGCCAGGGUGUGCGGCUCCCGGAUCACACCCGAGCCACCCCGAGCUCUGGCGAUGGAGAUGAUAGAGGGAGACGUUAUGGACAAACUAGACGACAUGUCAUCGGUGUACGACUUCGACCCGAUCACCGGCAACAUCCCCGCCACCAAAGUAGAAAUCACCGUCUCCUGCAGAAAUCUGCUGGAUAAAGACACAUUCUCUAAGUCAGAUCCAUUAUGCGUGCUCUAUACACAAGGUGUUGAAACCAAACAGUGGAGAGAGUUUGGCAGAACGGAGGUGAUAGAUAACACCCUAAACCCAGACUUUGUUCGAAAGUACAUCUUGGACUACUUUUUUGAGGAGAAGCAGAACCUUCGCUUUGACUUGUAUGAUGUCGACUCCAAAAGCCCAGACCUGUCCAAACAUCCUGCAGAACUCAACGACUUUUUGGGUCAGACGUUCUGUACUCUUGGGGAGAUUGUGGGAUCACCAGCCAGUCGACUGGAGAAACCACUGGGAGGGAUCCAAGGGAAGAAAUGUGGCACUAUCGUCUUGUCCGCAGAGGAGCUGAGCAAUUGUCGAGAUAGCGCCACUAUGCAGUUCUGUGCCAACAAGCUGGACAAGAAGGACUUCUUUGGCAAGUCAGACCCUUUCAUGGUUUUCUACAGAAGCAACGAAGAUGGAACGUUUACUAUCUGCCAUAAAACAGAGGUGGUGAAGAACACAUUAAAUCCAGUGUGGCAGCCUUUCACUAUCCCAGUUCGAGCGCUCUGCAAUGGAGACUUCGACAGAACAAUCAAGGUGGAAGUGUACGAUUGGGAUAGGGAUGGCAGCCAUGAUUUCAUUGGGGAUUUUACGACCAGCUACAGAGAGCUAGCUCGAGGGCAGAGCCAGUUCAAUGUGUACGAGGUGAUUAAUACCAAAAAGAAAAUGAAGAAAAAGAAAUAUGUCAACUCUGGGACAGUGACCCUGCUCUCAUUCUCAGUGGAGUCAGAGUUCACAUUCUUAGAUUACAUCAAAGGAGGGACGCAGAUCAAUUUCACUGUGGCCAUCGAUUUCACAGCAUCUAAUGGUAACCCGUCCCAGUCCACUUCGCUGCACUACAUGAACCCCUACCAGCUGAACGCUUACGCUAUGGCCCUGAAGGCUGUCGGGGAGAUCAUUCAGGACUAUGACAGUGACAAGAUGUUCCCCGCUUUGGGCUUCGGAGCCAAACUGCCCCCUGAUGGACGGGUUUCGCAUGAGUUUCCACUGAAUGGAAACCUGGAAAAUCCAUACUGCAAUGGUAUUGAGGGCAUCUUAGAGGCAUACCACCAGAGUCUGAAGACAGUGCAGCUGUACGGGCCAACUAACUUUGCUCCUGUGGUGAACCAUGUUGCCAGGUAUUCAGCUGCAGUGCAGGACGGCUCUCAGUACUUUGUGCUUCUCAUCAUCACAGACGGCGUCAUUUCUGACAUGGCCCAGACCAAAGAGGCCAUUGUUAAUGCUGCCAAACUUCCCAUGUCCAUCAUCAUAGUUGGAGUGGGUCAGGCUGAAUUUGACGCUAUGGUGGAGCUGGAUGGUGAUGACAUCAGAAUCUCGUCCCGGGGGAAACUGGCAGAGAGAGACAUUGUUCAGUUUGUUCCCUUCAGAGAUUAUAUGGACCGGACAGGCAACCAUGUGUUAAGCAUGGCUCGGCUUGCUAAAGAUGUGCUAGCAGAGAUCCCCGACCAGUUCAUCUCUUACAUGAAGAGCCGGGGGAUAAAACCCAACCCAGCACCACCACCCUACACACCGCCUGGACACACACACCACCACACACUGAUCUGAGGCCCUCCUCUUGGCUUUUCACUGAGGACUGACAGCAUGCAGCAGCCACUCAGAGUCCAGUGGGAACUCUUUUCCUCCUGUUUGUUGGUACAAACAGGAGCCGAGACACCAGGAAACGGGUGUUGAAUUUUGUGCCGUAUUCUGCUAGUGACUAUUAGAGCAGCAGAUCUUUGGUUUGUUUAUCUGUGAUUUAUUAAUUAAGAAUUACUUUUGGAUGAUUUUCCUUAAAGAGAGGCUCAAACUUUCCGGGACUUGGUGAAAGCCUUUUAAUCCCACACCAAGGCAUUGACUGUUUUACGUCUAAUUUGACAGCAGGUUGGUUCAAAGAGAUCAUGUUGUGGUUAAAAUUUGUGCCUGUCUGUGGUUGUUUCUCUCAUCGUAUCAGGACAUGUGAACUUUGACCUAAGCCUUGCUCGUCAGUCAUUGGUGUGGCCUAAUGCAGUGAUAUUUUUAGGCACCUUUUCCAUUCUGGAAUUAGUUUUUAUAUUGGGGAAUUAUCUCCAUUUCUGCUAAUCCAUUAGUUAUGAUGAAGGAAAAACUACAAGUAUGUAGUUUACAAUGUAUUAUGUUACACACAUUAAUCAAGCUUUUCAUACCAUGAGGGGUCACCUCAUCUCUCCUUUAUUAGGUAAAUGUUUAUAAGAGCAUGUUGUAUGAGAAGUGACUUCCCCCAUAUCCCAGUAUAUUUUUUGUGUUCUUCAGAGUGGCAUGGACAUUUGAUAGUCAAUUAGUUUGGAAGUGGUCAUCAAUUAUUUUCAAGGAAUUGCAGAUAAAAAGCACAACGUGGAUCUGUACCAAGGACAAGAUAAUGAUGAUGCUACAAGGAUAACCACACAGUACAUAAUCAUUUUGAGUCACUUUGUGCUGUAGCUGCAAUUUAUCAAAAAUACUGAAAAUAUGACUAAUUUAAGGUUCUCAUUAAGAAUGAAAGAGAUCCCAUGAGGAAGAUUUUGCACAAGAAGAAUAUUAACCCAUUAAUCAUAACCUCAGUUUCUUCCACAAAAAUUGUAUUGCUUUGGCAAUAUAACCUACAGUAAAUACAAAAUACAGUACCAUAUAAGUAAAAGACAGACUCAAGGUUGAAACCCACUUAGGCAUCAUAGGUUAAAUACACCACUAAAGCACAUUAUACAUAGACGGUGAGGGUCUUAAGGCAAUGGUUGCCCAAUCAUGUAGCAAGGCACUGUGUCAAAAUCUAUAACUUUCCCUUUUUGGUUGAUGCAUACAUGGAUGCGUUUAUGCUACAUAUUAAUAAAACAAAUGUGUAUUUUAUCAAAAUAUCCCUAACUGAAACACAGCAAACAAGGGGAAAAGGUAGAUCUCCCAACGCAGGAACACAGGUUGGUUUAUGUUCCAAAAGGAAUUGGGGGAACUAAAGGGACAUAGUGAUUAAUUGGGGCCACAUCUAGUUGUUGCCCCAGGGCCCAGUACAAAGGUAAUCCGGCCCUGAUGCGAUACCAAAAACAUCACCUCUGCAACACAGAGACUCCAAUGUCAGUGGAAAUCUGUUGCUGCCCCCAGCAACCACGCAUCAGCAGCCACAUAACCUUCUUGGUCACAGACUUCCAACUGAGAGUUGGUACCAUCACAGCCAGUGUUUCUCACUGGAGAUUUACUUUUCAUACAGCCCGAUCCUAGCAGCAGUGUGUUACAAGUCUCUGGUGGGAGACAGUUCACAAGUGGUCUACAGGGCUUUAGCAUUUAUGUUCAUUAUGUUCAGUGCAUAAGUAAUUAUUUUAUGUGUGAACACAUUAACAAUCCAUCUUUACCACAGGGUAAGGAGGGAUCCUUUUGUGCCAAUCUUGGAUUGGCUUUUUGUAGCCUCCUGCCAUCUGUAAUAUCAGGUUAGUGUUAAGAAACAAAAACAAACUGACUUUCAAGUAGCAAAUCCAAUUUUAACGCAUCAGUAACAAAGCUUGUCAUUUGAGAUGCAUCUUUGCACAAUGAUGCAACAACAAGCCCUGACAGUCUUAUGAUGUGAUGCCUUACAAUAAUGCAGAGAUCGUCCUGUAAAAUUUAAGAACAUUAAGGAAUAUAAACAGUAGGUACGCAUGGUUCAUAAGUAGGACUAGGCUAUAACAUCCACAAAGAGGAGUGUUUUUGAUAAAAGUACAGAAUACAACGUAACACUCAAAUCUUCUGCCAUCAUGCCUGUAAUCUGACAAAUCACAUAGCAUUAAUGCUUAAACUGCAGUGACAGUUUUUUUCAGUGUUUUUUUCUCUCACUGUGUAUAGUGACAUAGUCCACAUAAUUGGCCUUUCUACUUUAGGCUUUGUGCUUAAGGAACAGGACACCCUAAUGCAGAGACAAAAGAAUGCUAAAAUUAAAGGCACAUGUUGCAUAAAAAAAAAGGUAUUUUCAUGGCUUGCAGAUUCUUCUUUUACUAAGUUUGAAUUGUUUGCCACGAUAGCAGUGAGCCUGUGGGGAUGCCAGUGUCAGACAUUCAACCACGUUGGUCCAGAAUGAAAUGUCUCCACAACUACUUGAUCAAUUGUCAUGAAAUUAGGGUUCAGACAUCAUCCUCUGAUUUUUCCUGUAGCGUCAUUAUCAGGUCAAAAUUUCAACUAGAAUGCUAACACACUAAAGUAAGAUGGUUAACAUGAUUACCUGCUUAACAGCAGCACCAUUGCUGCAUCUUUAGCUUAGCGCUGCCCAAGAUGAUUGUGAUUGGUUUAAAAGAUAUACAAACAACCCCAAAGUGUUUUUUUCCCCUAUACCAGAAGGUUUAAUCGUGCAGCCGGACAAUACUCCAGCACUGACACAGCAUGUUGAUGUUAACAUUCAGCUCAAAGCAAGUGCAGCCUCACAGAGCUGCUAGCAUGGCUGGACCUUGUGUGUCUUUUUUUUUAGAAUUACAUAGACUGAUUCUAAAUCUUAUUUGAACUUUUUUUCCAUCUUUGUCACUUUUUCCCCACAACCAUUGUUCUUCUAUCAUUGUUCCAGUUUCACUCUGUUUUGUUUACUACUUAACCUAAAUGUUGCCCUUAUUGGUGUGGAGUGUAAACAAACGCAAAACCAUGCUAAAAUACAAUAGACUAUAAAAGGGAGUCCUUUUCUUUAAAACAGACAAAAUGAGUCAGAGUCAGAAAUAAUCUCAGCUUAAAGGUUCUAUUCAAAUGUCUAAUGUAGCAAACUAAAGGCCUUACAAAACAAUGUGAAAGGCAGUCACUGCAUCUCAUUUAGUCCUGUAUUAAAAAGUACCUCUGGGGGAAAAGUAUGGUUCUUGGGUGGAUAAGAUGAAAUUAUUUGAAGGUGUUCAAAAUGGCAAACAGCUAUGUGCUUGUGAAUCUUUGGGUGGUUUAAGAGAGGAAACAGUGGAGGGGAAUGCAAUUAGAAUGUAAAGUGUAUGAACAGUUGGUUUGCAUAUAGAUCCCAGCAGCACUUUAUCCUUGCGAGGAGUGCUCAUUGUAUAUGAUGGAUAUGUUUUUAGGAAUAUUACUGUAUUGAAGAAAUGUAUUUAUUUUUGGAGUUUGUAUGAAGAGCCAUCGCUCCUGGAAUCUAGGUCACUAAGGUGACCUAUUAACGCCCUAAAUUUAUAAGUGUGAUGGAUUGACUGCAUGUUUUCUUGGGGUAGCAUCAAAUAGUGCCACCAUCUGUAUAAUAGGAACUAGUCCAAAAGGAUUACAUGCAUGUCAGUGCCAAACAUGCAUUGAGCUCUGUGGACUGUUUGCUAUUUCCUAUCUCUCGUACCUGGCUCUCCAAACAUUUGUCUCACCAGUUGUUACAAAUCGUCGCAAAGUUAGCAUGUUACAGUUAACGCAUUUUUUUAUUAUUAAUUUUUUGUCUAAUUCCACUAUUUGUUUAUAUCUCUUCAGUUUUCUGAUUUGCAUGACUCCUUUAUUUCCUUUAAAUGGGUUUUUAUUUGUACCUGAUUAUUGUCAUAUGGUGGGUUGUAAAAUGCUUUGUAUUGGAUUGCCUUAACUUAAAAUAAAUUAAAAAAUGACUACUUUCAUAAAA